AUGUAUGAAGGUCUGGCCUACAGCAUCUCAGGCUAUGGAGCUGCGGGUGGGAAAGGAGGGAAGAACACCAUGGUGCGGUCCCAUGGCGUGUCUGUGCUGGGAAUUUUUGACCUCCAGAAGGAUGAUACUUUGUAUAUCUUGGUGGGACAGCAAGGAGAAGAUGCUUGUCCUAGUACUAAUGAUGUUAUACAGAAAGUCUGCAUUGGAGAGAACAAUGUGAUUGAAGAAGAGAUACGUGUGAACAGAAGCGUCAAUGAAUGGGCAGGAGGAGGUGGAGGCGGGGGAGGUGCAACUUACAUAUUUAAGAUGGAGAAUGGAGAACCAGUCCCCUUGAUAAUUGCAGCAGGAGGUGGUGGCAGGGCCUACAGGGCCAAAACAGACACAUUUCAUCCAGAAAGGCUGGAGAAUGAUUCCUCUAUUCCAGGGCUGAAUGGAAAUUCAGGAGCUGCAGGUGGUGGAGGUGGCUGGAAUGAUAACACUUCCUUCCUGUGGUCAGGAAAAUCCUUGCUGGAAGGUGCUACUGGAGGAAGAUCCUGCCCCCAGGCCAUGAAGAAGUGGGGGUGGGAGACAAGAGGGGGUUUCGGAGGGGGUGGAGGGGGGUGCUCCUCAGGUGGAGGAGGCGGAGGAUAUAUAGGUGGCAAUGCUGCAGUGGACAAUGACCCAGAGAUGGAUGGGGAGGAUGGUGUGUCCUUUAUUAAUCCAAUUGGUACUUUAUACACUCCAGCGCUUAAAGUGACAGAGGGGCAUGGAGAGGUGGAUAUUAGGCUGCAUCUAAACUGCAGUCACUGUGAGAUGGACGAGUGCCGUGUUGAUCUUGAGACUCAAAAAGUCAUUUGCUUUUGUGAGCCAGGCACAGAGUUGGCUGAGGAUGGUGUGUCUUGCAUAGCUGAGCCAGUGGUUCAUCUCCCUCUCUCCUUGGUCUUGUCUGUAGUGACUUCAGCAUUGGUGGCUGCUUUAAUUUUGGCUUUUUCAGGUAUCAUGAUAGUGUAUCGUCGGAAGCACCAGGAGCUACAAGCCAUGCAAAUGGAGUUACAGAGCCCAGAAUAUAAACUGAGCAAGCUGCGUACCUCCACUAUCAUGACAGACUACAAUCCCAACUACUGCUUUGCAGGAAAGACCACAUCCAUUAGUGACCUCAAAGAGGUGCCUCGAAAAAACAUUUCCCUCAUACGGGGUUUGGGCCACGGAGCCUUUGGUGAGGUAUAUGAAGGUCAGGUGGCAGGGAUCCCCAGCGACCCCACUCCCUUGCAGGUGGCUGUGAAAACAUUACCAGAAGUGUGUUCAGAGCAAGAUGAGCUGGACUUCCUCAUGGAAGCUCUCAUUAUUAGCAAGUUCAACCACCAGAAUAUUGUUCGCUGUAUCGGGGUGAGCUUGCAGGCACUGCCCCGUUUCAUCCUGCUAGAGCUCAUGGCUGGAGGUGACCUGAAAUCAUUCCUGAGAGAGACACGGCCUAGACCGAAUCAGCCCUCCUCCCUUUCCAUGCUGGACUUGCUCCAUGUGGCUCGUGACAUUGCUUGUGGGUGUCAAUACCUGGAGGAGAACCACUUCAUUCACAGGGAUAUUGCUGCCAGGAACUGCCUCCUUACCUGUCGAGGGCCUGGGAGAGUGGCUAAAAUUGGAGACUUUGGAAUGGCCCGGGAUAUAUACAGAGCCAGCUACUAUCGGAAGGGUGGGUGCGCAAUGUUGCCUGUCAAAUGGAUGCCGCCUGAGGCUUUCAUGGAAGGGAUAUUUACAUCAAAAACAGACACAUGGUCCUUUGGCAUAUUGCUGUGGGAGAUAUUCUCAUUGGGAUACAUGCCCUACCCUAGCAAAAGUAACCAGGAGGUUCUGGAGUUUGUCACCAAUGGAGGAAGGAUGGAUCCACCUAAAAACUGCCCUGGCCCUGUUUAUCGCAUUAUGACCCAGUGUUGGCAGCACCAGCCUGAAGACCGGCCAAAUUUUGCCAUAAUCCUGGAGAGGAUCGAGUACUGCACUCAGGAUCCAGAUGUCAUCAACACUGCUUUGCCAGUAGAAUAUGGUCCAUCAGUUGAGGAGGAGGAGAAGGUAGCAAUGCGCCCCGACGAUCCAGAAGGAAUUCCUCCUCUCUUGGUCUCCACACACCAAGACAGAAAGGAUGAGAAGCAAACUCUGCCAUCUCCCCUGCCCCUGCCGUCAGCCCUUACUGCUGGGAAACCCCUAGGGAAAGUGGGAGCCUUGCAGCCGCCAGCGCUGGGGAAGGUGCAGUCAGCCUCGGCAGGGGGACACACCAACAUGGCCUAUGCCCAGUCCAAUCCCCCUUCUGAGCUGCACAAAAGCCGGGGCUCCAGAAACAAGCCCACCAACCUCUGGAAUCCAACCUACGGCUCCUGGUUUGCAGAGAAGCAGGCCAGCAAAAACAGUUCUCUGCUGGAGAAGGAGAAGCCCGAGCGGGAGAAUUGGGGACAGGAAGGAAACUGUACUGUGGGGCCCAACAUUGGGACCGGCAGGCUGCCAGGCUCCUCCCUGCUGUUAGAGCCAUCCUCCCUACCAGCCAGUGUUAAAGAAGUGCCUCUCUUUAGGCUCCGCCACUUCCCCUGUGGGAACGUCAACUAUGGAUACCAACAGCAGGGCUUACCCUUGGAAACCUCCACACCACCUUGCGCUAGCAGUUACGAGGACCCCCUCCUUAAAAACAAGAGCCACAUAACGCAGCAGGGGCUGUAA